CCUAUGGAGAGGGAGAGAGGCGGCUCAGCCCCGCUACGGUCUCAGCAGCAGCAGCGGCUCGGCUCGGGGAGUAGUACCAACCACACCACUGUGUUGUGUGUACGAACAGAAACGACAUUGCUGAAAAAAACUGCUAGCGGAACAAAUGAAAACGAAAACUACUCUUUCGUGUGGACUAAUUCGGAGGCGAGGCGCCCAGUCGAAGUGAGAAGAUCUUUAGGCAAAAAUCGGACCGACUGACGAGGAUUGGGACGUUUGCUAUUCAACGGUAACACCGCCGAAUGGUUUGUCUAGCCCCGACGCUAAGGUUGCAGGCUAUAUGAAAUAGCCGAUAAUGUGUGGCAUCUGCCCUACAGCCACACCCACUUCCUGCCUGUAGAGGAAGCGGCUGUGCCAGCAUGUCCUCCCAUCCCCAGUCCGUGCCGCCGGGCCGGAGGGCUGUGGACACACGGCACCUGCCAAACCCUGCCACUCUGCCCCUGCAGCUGCAACGGGCACACACGGAUGGACUGGUUGACUUCCACUCUCAUCAUGCCAGGGACUACAGCUCCCACAUGUCUCAGCCACAUCGCCGUCGGCCUUCUUUACUGUCAGAGUUCCAGCCUGGGAAUGAAAGAGGACAAGAGCAGCAUAUUCGCUAUGAGCACAUCUACCUACAAGACCACACCGGCCAAUCAGACGUGGAAUAUGCAGAUAUCAAACGGCCUCGCAUGGAGAUAGGACCAGAAUCUCUGAUGAGGCCUUCGCCCCACCGGCCGCCAUUGUCUCUGGGAGGGAUUGAAGAUAUGACAAAGGAGCGUGGAAGCGCCAUAGGGAAGCUGGAGCCCAUCUCCCCUGUGAGCCCGGUCCAUAUGGACCCCGAGUUGGAUCUGGUCCCAGCUCGCUUCUCCAAGGAGGAGCUGAUCCAGAACAUGGACCGUGUGGACAGGGAGAUCACCAUGGUGGAGCAGCAGAUAUGCAAGCUUCGUAAAAAACAGCAACAGCUGGAGGAGGAGGCGGCAAAGCCCCACGAGCCAGAGCGACCCAUCUCACCGCCACCCAGCGAGGCCAAGCACCGAAGCCUGGUGCAGAUCAUCUAUGACGAGAACAGGAAAAAGGCAGAGGAGGCUCACAGGAUACUAGAAGGACUGGGACCCAGGGUGGAACUGCCUCUGUACAACCAGCCCUCUGAUACCAAGCAGUACCAUGAGAACAUCAAAAUAAACCAGGCGAUGAGGAAGAAGCUCAUCUUGUACUUCAAAAGGAGAAAUCAUGCUCGUAAGCAGUGGGAACAGAAGUUUUGCCAGCGCUAUGACCAGCUAAUGGAAGCCUGGGAGAAGAAAGUGGAGCGCAUUGAAAACAACCCACGGCGCAGAGCCAAGGAGAGCAAGGUGCGGGAGUACUACGAAAAACAGUUCCCGGAGAUCCGCAAGCAACGAGAGCUGCAGGAGCGAAUGCAGAGUCGUGUCGGGCAGCGAGGAGGUGGACUGACCUCAUCUGCAGCUCGCAGCGAACACGAAGUCUCCGAAAUCAUUGAUGGAAUAUCGGAGCAUGAGAACACAGAGAAGCAAAUGCGACAGCUGGCGGUCAUCCCCCCUAUGCUGUUUGAUGCUGAGCAGCAACGCAUCAAGUUCAUCAACAUGAACGGAUUGAUGGGUGACCCCAUGAAGGUGUACAAGGACCGACAGGUUAUGAAUAUGUGGAGCGAUCAGGAGAAGGACACUUUCAGAGAGAAGUUCAUCCAGCAUCCCAAAAACUUUGGCCUGAUUGCGUCAUUUCUGGAGAGAAAGACGGUGGCAGAGUGUGUGCUCUUUUACUACCUGACCAAAAAGAAUGAAAACUAUAAGAACAUCGUGCGAAGGAACUACAGACGCAGAGGAAGAAGCCAGCACGGGCAGCAGCAGCAACAGCAGCAACAGGUGAACCGGAGCAGCCAGGAAGACAAGGAGAAGGAGGAGAAGGAGAAGGAAGGAGAGAGGGACGAAGAAAAAAAUGAAGCUGAAGACAAGGAUGAUGGAAUGAAGGACGACACCUCUGGAGAGGAUGCAGAGGACAAAGAGCCCACUGUGGCUUUCAAGGGUCGACGCACAGCCAAUAGCCAGGGACGCCGCUCAGGCCGCAUCACUCGCUCCAUGACCAGCGAGGUGGAGGAGACCACAACACCACCACUCAACAAUGAGCUGGCCAAUCUGGAGAUGAAUGAGAGCUCUCGCUGGACUGAAGAAGAAAUGGAAACUGCCAAAAAAGGCCUUCUCCAGUAUGGUCGGAAUUGGUCCGCCAUCGCCAAGAUGGUGGGAUCAAAAACCGUGUCACAGUGCAAAAACUUCUACUUCAACUACAAGAAACGGCAGAAACUGGAUGAGAUUCUACAGCAGCAUAAAAUGAAAUCGGAGAAGGAGCGAAAGGCCCGUCGUAGGGGCAAAGCCCCGCAGAAUGAGGAGGCCAGUGCCCAGUACGCAGCAGAGGAGGAGGAGAUGGAGGGUUCCGGAGGCAGCUGCAAUGAAGAGGAGGCCCCUGAGGAUGGAGAAGGUGGAGCCAACAACAGCUCCGACACAGAGAGUUUACCCUCCCCGCACUCCUCUGAGGACAGCAAGGCUAAAGAGGAAGGCUCGAGCAGGUCGAAGGGCGGCUCCGGCUCCGGGUCCAGCUCCGGGGACAAGGAGGAGGCCCGGGCGGACAUGGGCCAGGCGGGGGAUGAGAAGCUGCCGGUCAAGGAAGAUCCAGACUCAUCCAUCAAGCAGGAGAUAAAGACUGAGGCAGGGGAGCCCAGCAAAGAGCAGCUCCAGCCGGCAGCACCCAGUGAUGCCGCAGAUAAGAAACCAUCUGCGGCAGAGAUGGAGGAGGUCAAAAGCUCCACCAAGGGCUCCAAGAAGGACCAUGCAGCCAAAACGGGCUCCCAUGGGGACAGUGACUCUAGUGCCACUUGUAGUGCUGAUGAGGUGGAGGAGACGGACAGCACAGAUAAGAACAGAAUGACUUCUCCGAGGCCAAGCCUACUGAACUACUCACACGAUGGGGUGAUAUCGUCCCCGCUACAGAAGCCCAUGGAUCUGAAACAGCUCAAACAAAGGGCCGCUGCUAUACCGCCGAUUAUGCCAGAAGCCUCUGUGCAAGGCGGUCAACGGAGUGGGGGUGGGAAGGCAGGGCUGCCCCCCCACGCUCUGGCAUUAUACCAGCGUCAGAUCACCAUGGCUCAUGGGGAGUCCUCUCAGGAGGUCAAACAGCAGCAGCAGCAGCAGCAGCAACAGCAGCAGUUUUCAGGCCAGCCAGGCAAACAGCAGCCUUACGCCCCACAGGCAGACAGAGACAGGGAGGCUCUUCACAGUAACAGUCCUCGCGUUCGCCCACGCAGCCCCUCCACCAGCGAAAAGGAUGAGCUGGAAGGAAACGAGAGGUGGUUACUGACCCUCCUGCAGGGAUUAAAAAAGUCCCAAGGUUUCUCCCCACACGGCGAAGCCAAGAAACAGGCGCUGGGCUGCGAUGAUCCGAGGACCUCGAACUUGGGUCGUCAAGUUCUCUCCCCCUACCCGAUGUCCCCACGAGACAUGGCCAAGAUCAGUCACGACCAGCACCUGCUACACUUCAACUCGUUCCAGCAGGCAGGCCACCCCUCACUGCCCAGCCUGCCACAGGACAGUGGUAGGCUAGCAGCAGUGAGACCCCUCACAAUGCCAGAUCCUCCACCUCUCAUUUCCUCCAACAAACAGGGAGGCUCUAUCACACAGGGUACCCCAGUGCAGUUGCCUAGUCCAGCUCAUGGGCUAGACCAUGGGAAGAUGCCCCCCACACAGAUGGGGCUGCCUUGGAUGGAUCAGAGGAAAAUGGGUAAUUUCCCAGUGGUUAAGCAGGAACAGUUGUCCCCUCACAGCUCGUCCUCCCAAGCUGAUAACAUGUCAACCCAGGGGGCAUCUCAUGAAAGUGCCUCUGGACGUGCAUCUAUUCUAGCCGUCCAAGGGGGUAGCAUCACUAAGGGCAUCCCAGGGACCAGAAUACAUCCAGAUUCCUCAAUUUCCUACCGAGCGGGCUCCAUUACUCAGGGGACACCCGCUGAUGUGCUAUAUAAGGGAACCAUAACACGUCUAAUCACAGAGGACAGCGCUAGCCGAGCUGAGAGGGAGCGUGAAGAGGCUCUGCCUAAAGGACAUGUGCUCUACGAGGGAACCAGUGGCCACGUUCUCACCUUUGGCCCCCUAGGAUCUCAGACCUCCAAAGAUGAGGGCCGAGGGCCAGGGCAGUCUGGGGAAAUCCUUGGCCUGAAGCGUUCUUACGAUGUCAUGGAGGGAGGCAUCUCUAGAGGGCUGUCUAUGAGGGACUCACUGCCUGCUGCCAACUGUGAAGGUCUGAUUGGUCGAGCCAUGCCUCACGACAGAGACAGUCCACACCACGCACCUUACAAGGAUGCUCAUCACAUCCGUGGUUCCAUUUCACAAGGUAUACCUCGUCACCUGGACGCUCAGGAUGGUUACCCGAGGAGAGACGCAAAGCAGAUGAAGAGAGAGGGCUCCCCGUCCCGUGGGUCCGGUUCGCUUCCUGACCAGAUGAAGGGCAGGGAGGCCAUCGUGCCCACAGUGAAGGAGCCGGGGCGUUCGAUCCACCUCAUUCCCAGUCAGCAGCCUGCUAAGGAGGGCAUCAUAGCACAGGGAACACCCAUGAAGCAGGAGCCGUCUGGUUCAGGGAAACGUCACGAUGUCCGCUCCAUCAUAGCCAGUUCACCGCGUUCCUAUCACAGUGCACCCUCCCACAUGGAGAUGCGUGCUGAGAGGGGCCGAUAUGAAGAGGCGCCUAAAGGCCGGCCCAGUGCAGUGGUCAGUACAGCCAGCCCUAUAGCCCGCUCUUCUCCCCUUACACUGGGCUCAGACCAGGGAGGCAAAGCCCACCACAGUCCAGUGGGCUACGAGGACAAAGGUGCUUUAAGGGCCCCCUAUUCUGGGGCCUCACAUCGAGGCUCCCCGCUGUCCAGGGAGGCAAGCCAAAGGCAGCAUGAAGGUUCCAGUAAGAAUCCCCCUCAGGAGCGUAAAGCCACGCCGACCCCCAGGGAGAUGAGAGCCACUAAAUCACCACACUCUGUUCCGGAUCAACAGUCCUACGAACGUCUGCUGAGUCUCGGACCUACAGACAUGUACCGUCAGAUCCCCCUACCCUUUGAUCCUGCAACGCUGCCCCGUAGCAUCCCCAUUGAACCAGCCUACUACUUGCCUCGCCACCUUGCUCCCAACCCGGCGUAUCCUCAUCCUUACCCCUACCUCAUCCGUGGCUUUCCUGACACCGCAGCCCUGGAAAACCGCCAGACGUUGCUCAAUGACUACAUCACCUCUCAGCAGAUGCACCAGUGGCCUGCAGCUGCUGCCAUUGCUGCCCAGCGUACAGACCUGCUGAGGGCCCUUCCUCCGCGAGACCAGACCCUUUCCCUGCCCUACUCUGCAGCCCCACGUGGGAUCAUCGAUCUUUCUCAGGUGCCACACUUACCUGUCCUGGUCCCUCCCUCUGCAGGGGCAGCCGGCUCUCCAAUGGAUCGCAUCACCUACAUCCCCGGGACAAGCACCACCUUCCCUGGCAGACCUUACACCACCUCCCCCAUCUCACCUGGUACCUCCUCACACAUAAACAAAAUGCAAGGCCAGCCCUCUUCGUCCGAACGGGAGCGUGAGCGAGACCGUGAACGUGACAGAGAGCGGGAGAGGGAGCGGGAGAGAGAGAGGGAGCGGGAGAGGGAGAGGGAGCGCGAACGGGACCGGGAGAGAGAUCAUCGAGAGAGAGAACGAGAGCGAGAGAGAGACCGCGAAAGGGACCGGGACAGAGAGAGAGACAGAGACCGAGAGCGGGACAGAGAAAAGGGCGGGUCUCUCGGAAACGUGGAACACGCCCCCAUCUGGCGACCAGGUACGGAGCACAGCUUGGCCAGCAGCAGCAGCAGCGGCGGCGGCAGCAGCAGCAACAGUGUGAGACCUUUCUCCCAACCGUAUAGCCACCAGCACUCCCCAGUGUCACCUCGUACCCAGGAGAACGUGCAGCAGAGGCCAAGUGUCCUGCACAACACUGGGGGCAAAAAUCUUUCCGUCUCCGAACACUCCAACCCAUCUGUUUUACGGUCCAUGUCCUCGGGACCUACCCGCUACCAAGGUUACCCUGGCCACCUCCAAAGGACAGGUGUGCCCCCUGAGGCCUACCAACCUGCCAUGGAGUCGGGCGUAGCCAAAGAGCAGAGUCGUGACGGAGGCAAGAACAGGGGAGGUCUACCCAAGCAUGUGCAGGAUCAGCACGGGCCAUCCAGUAAAUCUGACCCCAAGCUGUCCAGCCCCAGCCCAGGAGGAAUGUACCCAGGUCAAUACACCUCGGCUUCAGGCCGUCCCCAACACCUGCUGCCCCCCCAGUCGGAUAUCCCUCCUGGCCGCGGAGAAAUCGGUACGCCCAGUAGGGAAAAGACUCAAAACAAACCGAUGUCCGUUCAGGAACACGAUCUACGAGCACUCGGUAAGACCACCAUGACUGCGGCCAACUUCAUAAACGCGAUUAUUAUGCGUCAAAUUUCAUGUGAAACGGGGAUGCCAGAGACGGGCUCGAUUGUUGCCAGCAGCGCCACUGAUGCUCAGCCACACAACCUGUACCGUCCUCCGUCUGAGGAGAGACUGUCUCCGGCCCAGCAGCCCCAGUCCCCCUGCUUUAAAGGAAGCCAAAGGGUGGUCACCCUGGCUCAACACAUCAGUGAGGUGAUAACUAAAGACUACACCAGACAGCAGCUGCAGCAGCAGCAAAGCUACCACGGUUCUCCCGUCUUGGACUUGACCCGUCCACCCAGUGCCUCCCAGCCCCCGCCCACUUCGCAGGAGUCUGCCCAAGGGUCUCGCUAUCCAGAGGGCAUGGGUGGAGAACGUAACAGAGACCGGUCUCCCCCUCAGCCCAAGACGUCACCUAUCAGUGUUUCAAAUGACUGCAUCGAACCCGUGUCUCCUGCCGGAGCCAACUCUGAGCCUGAAGUCCAGGGAGGCUCCUCCUACCCCAGCGAGCAGGGAGAGCAAGGAAUGGGCUCCCGCUCUCCUCCCAAUACAUCCCAGCCUCCAGCUUUCUUCAGCAAGCUGACUGAGAGCACUUCAGCUAUCGUGAAGUCAAAGAAACAGGAGAUGAGCAAGAAGAUGACUGUGGUUGGAAAUGACAGUGAUUUCAAUGCUGGGCAGCCAGGAACAGAAAUCUUCAAUAUGCCAGCGUCUACAACUGCAGGACCUGUGAAUGUCCGCAGUCACCCAACUCCAGAGACCCCGGGUAACUCAAUUGGCCUGGAGGCCAUUAUAAGAAAGGCCCUAAUGGGCAAAUACGAUGAGUCUGAGGAACGCUCUCCAUCCAACGCUGCUAACCCCAUGGGUUCCAGCAUGUCUGCCGACGGACGGACUGAGGACUCUUUCUCACAAGGUGGGUCAAAGUCCUCUAAGGGCAGUGGACGCUCCAACGGACGUAAAGCCAAGUCCCCAGGACCAGGUCUGUCAGGGGGAGAGAGACCGUCCUCUGUGUCCUCAGUCCACUCAGAGGGAGACUGCAACAGACGAACUCCCCUGACCAACCGCGUGUGGGAGGAUCGGCCCUCGUCAGCAGGUUCCACACCAACUCCCUAUCCAUGUAACCUGCUCACGAUGCGUUUCCCUAGCGGGACGGUGUCUGCUCAUUCCCCCUCCUCUGGCCAGCAGGGGGCCCAGGGCCUGGGGUCAGGAUCCGCACAGGGUCGCUCCUGGGAGGAGGAGCCCAAGCCUCUGCUCAUGUCUCAGUACGAGACCCUGUCUGACAGCGAGUGACCGGACUGCCAACAGUCAACCACCUCUGUGCUGCUGCAGUGAAACACACACACAUGUGCACACACACACACACACACACACACACACACACACACACACACACACACACACACCUCUGCUGAAGCAUCUGCAGACCUACCCACACCAUUCCAACCUGUAUUUCCUCUAACGGUCACCACCCAAGGAUCACGUGCUCCUCCUUUCACACAUCUGAGAUGCCAAGCAGCCGCCAGUGGAACACUUCUGCCCCCUGUGCAUGUGUGUGUGUGUGUGUGUGUGUGUGUAUGUUUGCGCUUACAUGUUAUGCAUUCACUCCAGGACUACUCUAAAGGACGAAUCACUUUUUUUUUUUUUUUUUUUUUUUAACUUUACUACAUUUCCUCACUGGCCUUAUCAAAUAUAGACACAUUGACCUGCACCUUUCGGGGCAUGCCGGUCUAAUGUGCGUACACUUGUGUGGAAGGGACCCUGCGGUCACGUCGUUUGGUCUGGUCAGGAGCCGACGACGGCCGCGCCAGCUGACAGAGAAUUUGACGGCGGAUGUGAUGUGAGAGCGGCGGCUCACGCAGCGAGGACCCCACUCAUGUUUCUUCACGGUGAACUCCAGGUGCAGGCGGCCUGUGCACUGCUACCACUACAAGAAUACAUGCGAGGCGACAGGAGGAGAAUCAACAUCUUGUUUUGCUUCUUUCGGUUCUUUCUUUUUCUCCUUUAAAUUCUGUCAGUCCAGUCCUGUGUUUGGUGAGCUGAGACCUUUAGUACCUUUUGAUGGUGAACUUUUGAUGGUGUCAUUUGUUGUCUCUUAUCUGCAAUGAUGUAUCUUUUUUGGGGGCGGGUUUCAGGGGGCAGAGAUUGUUAUGCGGGAGGGUCAUAUCAUUGGUUUACAGGGUAAACAUGCUGUUCAUUGCUGAUGUCGUCAUAUAUUAGAAAGGGUCCUGGAGAGAACUGACUUCAGGAAUCCACUUGGGGAGAGAUGAUUUGCCAGAUGGAUGGCACUGAGACAAGUGACACUUUCUCACUGUUUUUAUAUUAACCAUGUCUGUGUUUGUUGGAACAGUUUUUGGAUAUUAAGCACUUAGUUGUGUUCUCUGUUCACAAUGGCAUUUUUAAGAAUCUGUGUUUUCUGGGGGGAAGGUGAAAAAUGGACUUAAAACAGCAUUAGAAAUCCCACUACGUUAUCCUUUUAAUUAACACCUAUGUGUUUGUUUCGGUCUUGCCACCUAUGUUCUUUGGCGUUCCCGUACUCAAAGCGACAAUCACAUUUCAGUGAAUGAUGACUAAGCCGCUUCGAGCAGGUUGCAGACCAACCUUAAAGCUGCUUAAAGGCAAAUUCCACAGUGUCGCUGUGAGUUUUCCUUGCAUUAAAGAGGUGACAAAAAAAAGAGAAAAAAAAAAGCCAUCUUUCUAUGAUCUUUGGUCCACGGUGGCGUCGGUAUCAGCUGACCUGCCAGAAGUCCCGUCUAGGAGCCGUCGUUUCAGUCCGACCUCUGACCUUUUAUUGCCCAGAGGAGACGCUGAUGCUCAACUCGUCAUCCAGGCAGAUUUUGUACAGUUAUGAAAUAUUCCUAGUGUUAAGUGCCAUUUAUUUUACAUAUACAGUACUGAAGUUACCAAGUGACGCACAAUUUUUCUUUUGGCCCCCAUACCAGUAUUUAUACUGUCCACGCAGGGAAAUCUAAAACAACAACAAAAAAAAGAAGAAAAAAAACGCAAGUUAGAUGUCUCGUUUUUUUUCUGUGUUUGUGCUUUUUUUUUUUUUCUUCCAAAUUCAUCACUGCCUUAGCUUUUAACAGUUUCAAGUUAUCCUCCAAACAAGACAAAACUGUGUCACAGGACAGGACAGGACAGGACAGGGCAGCAUUCCUGGAUCUGUAGUAGACGUUUCCUUCACUAUGAAACCUUUGACAUACUACUUCAAGUGUACUUCAUUGCACCUCCUGUGUUCGUGCGGGUUAGAGGAAGUUGAGGGCGAGGCCUUCAAAAGCUUUCUGUUGGUUUUGUGUAACAUUAGUUGACAUGUUUUCACACUUUUGGUGCAGCGUUUUAAAGGUCACCCAACAGUCCUCCGACUGAACUCUCUGAAGCAACCACGGUAGAAAGAUUUCAUUUCAACGCAACACAAACAUGACUGUUAUAGGACUACCUCCUCUUCCUCCUCUCCCUUCAUCCUACCUGUUGACGGUGAAGCAUCUAGCAUGCCUUACCCACAGAAAGCUCAUCUCAGCCAUGCUUUAGGUCUGAUUAUUACUUUUUUUUUUUUUUUUGCAUCGUGACUGAUUGGGGUGGGGGGUGAGGGGGAUGGGCGGGGUUGUAAUUUCAUCAUGCUAGGCAAAAAUACAGCCAGGCUUUGUACAUUAGUCUGCGUGUAUAUCAUUCAUCCACAGGUGAAAUUUAAGAAUGUGACGCUAAACAGACUAAGCCAUAUCCAGCUGUUCCUUAAACCGAUGACUAACACGUUGUUUUUAAAAGUAUACUGAAAUUAAUUUUAACAUGCCUCCAUAUUGUUUUUCUUCUUACACUUUAUUCAGUGCACACCUGUUUCAUUAGAAAUCAGAUUUGAGCGUAAAAAAAGACUAGGUCGAUUGCUGAUGUGUUCCCUGGACUGUCCAAUACUGGGUGGGUGGGGGAUCGACAAACAAUAUACAUUGUUCAACCAUUCUGUGCAUAUUUUUUUUUUUUUAUUAUAACCCACUGUAUAAUAGCAAGGAUUGUAUAUACAACUGAAGAGAUGUAAAUAUUUAUGUGGCUUGCUUCAAGGUUGGUAUUACAAAAAAAAAUAAAUAAAAUAAAAGACAAAAUAUUCACAUGGUUAAAUUCUACAUGCCCACCAGCAAGCUCUGUGGAUAGCAGUGUAAAAAUGAAAAACAAAAGAGACACUGCCUUAAUGUUUAAAUAAAAAGCUUAUUGCCA